AUGCCGGGGAAGCCCCAGCGACGACCCACUGCUGCGCUGUAUUUGCAAUCGUGCAGCGCCGGCAUCAAGGCUGUGUUCGAGCCACAGCUGAACCCCAAUCACAUUGCAUUCGGCGGUUUCCGGCAGAGUCAGAAUCGAGACUGGGAGCAAGAUCAGGAGCAGCAGCAGCAGCAGAGGCAGAGGCAGAGGCAGCAGCAGAACCUGAACCUCAACCUCAACCUCAACCUCAAACGGCCGGCGUGCACUAUUGCAAUGCAGCUGCGCUUGUUGGUAUUGGGCAGGCCUGUCUGGGCCGAUCUCGAUUCGGUCAUCCAUCCUCGAGAGUGGCUUUCCGCCAGCAAGCCAACACGACUGUCCACAACACGUCACACCAGCGAAGCUUUUCUGAAGCUUUUCCUCGCCCGCAUCGCCAAGGACGGGCGCCGCCUUAGGGCGAGCUUCUUCCGUCACCCUGGUCGCGCCCAGCUGGGGUCUUCUCAGGGUGGGCCUGGCCUCUCUGCUCCCCGCCCGCGCGCUCUUUUUAUUCUCACCCUCGUCACCGUUGAUCAUCACAUCACCUCUGGUCCCUUUGCCGCAUUUCUGUGUAGGGACUGGACAUUCGCGGAAUGCAUGGCCAAGACAUCUGACAGGUGA